AAUCGACGGCCUCAAAAUAGCGCACUCCGAAAUAGUCGUGCAUGGUUCUCGCUAGAGCCAGACGCAUCGCCAGCCAGUACAUUUCGAGUCAUCGACCGUCAAACGACGUUUCGCUCGAACGUGAGAACGUGUCGUGAAAUUAAUAAUAGUUUAUCUCACAUUGUUGAAGAAAUGAGUCUUCGUUAGUCAACGCAAAGGCGUGAUAAGUGAUUUGAUAUCGGAGAGAUGUCAGCUAAUGAACCGGAGGCGGAAAUCGCCGAAUUUUUCCGCUCGAAUCUCGUGGCGGUGCGGAAGGCAAUCUCCCAGCAGGACUUUAAGAAAUUCGCCGCUAUCGAAUCGGAUGGCCAGAGGGUAGCUUUCGUCUUAAGCUACCCCGAGGCCCAUCGACUAUCCCUCGUGAUGGAGAGACCGAUGAUCAAGGACAGCGAGGCUGCCGCUGGAUUAAAGAACGUCGGAAACAAAUUCUUCGGUCGGGGCGAAUUCACGAAGGCCUUGGAGACUUAUUCAAAUGCAGUCCUUUUGGCGCCGUCGGCAGAAUUGAGCAUCAUCCUGGCGAACCGCUCGGCCGCGUUGUACCAUCUAGAGCGUCACAAAUAUGCAUUGGAGGACAUCGAGGAGGCCUCGCGUCUCGGUUACCCAAAAGACCUCUUCUACAAGCUUGAAGAGCGACGUGCUCGAUGUCUGCUAGGCUUGAAAAGGCAUGACGAGGCAGUCGAGGCCUUUAGGCGAACCCUCGGAGCACUGGAUGAUGCCAAAGUGUCUUCAGAGCGCAAACAGAGGUUCGAAGCGGACAUCAGGAUAAUGCUCGCGGUGAUGGACAAAGGCAAGCAACUCAACGAGACUGCAAAGACGAAAAACGUUUUGCGAGUGAAUGGCAAGCAGAAGUCUAGUAUGCAGAAGGGCGAAGAGAGGAUUCACAGCAUGUUUAUUCCUGAGAAGAGAAGAAAUCCUUCGUAUCCGGCUUGCAGUAAAGCGGUGGAGAUCAGGGACGAUGGCGGUGAUGUGGGAAGACACGCCGUAGCGACCAGAGAAUUGUCACCCGGCGAAAUCGUGAUCGUGGAGCGACCACAUUGCGCGUCUCUGUUGGCGGAGAACAGGCUGACACAUUGUCAUCUCUGUUUCGCGAGGAUAUUCGUGCCGGUCCCGGCGGCUUGCCACACCUGCAGGUGCGUUGCGUACUGCAGCCGUCGUUGCAGAGACGCAGAUGCCCAAAAGCAUUUGAGGGAGUGCAGGCUGUUGCCAGUCCUGUGGCAUUCGAAGGCUUCGGUCACGUGUUUCCUAGCCUUGAAGGCGAUCACGCAGCGAUCCUUCGAGGAAGUCAUGGAACUGAAGAGACGUCUCGGGGAUGCCGCGAGCGCGUUCAAAAUCUCCCCGGAGAAUCCGUAUCUAGGAGACGACUAUAUAACGUUUUACAAUUUAGUUACCCACGAGGACAAAAGGUUGCCUGAAGACAUUUUUCACAGGGCUUGCAUGGCAGCCUGGCUGUUCAGGCUGCUGAAAAGCAGCGAUUAUUUGCCGGAAAGUGUAAAAACCGCCGAUUCGCCGACAAGCAGAUUAUCCGACGAGGAGUUGUUUAUCGCCGGGUUGCUAUUGCACAAUUUGCAAUUGUUGCAAUUCAAUUCGCACGAGAUUUCGGAACUAGUAAGACCGAAAGGAGAAACGACGCUCGCCAAGGCUAAGAGUAUGUUCAUUGGUGGUGGCGUUUACCCCACCGUGGCGAUGUUGAAUCACUCGUGUAAUCCUGGUGUCGUAAGAUACUUCAUCGGCACCACCAUGGUCAUUCGUGCCAUUCGUACGAUCAGCGCUGGUGAAGAGAUCUCUGAGAAUUACGGUCCCAUCUUUACAACCACGCCCGAGAUUGAGCGAAAAAGAAGAUUGAGAGUUCAGUAUUGGUUUGAAUGCAAUUGCGAGGCGUGCACAGGGCAUUGGCCGCUUUUGGAGGAAUUGGAUCCGACAAUACUCAGGUUUAAGUGCGAGACUGGACCGUCCUGCGGCAACGUCUUGCCAGUCAGGAGUGACGCAAACGAGUUUAUGAUCGGAUGUGUAAAGUGCGGUAAGAAUACAAAUAUUCUGAAGGGCUUAAAAGCUCUGCAGGACACGGACGCACUCUUCAAAGUGGCGUCGACGAAUCUGGAGGAAGGUUGCAAUGAGCAAGCAUUGAAAGCCUACUUGGAGGUCUUGAAGCUAUUGGAUGAGACGUUAGCGUUGCCAAUCAGAGAUUAUCACAUUUGCCAGCAAGGAGUUAGACUCUGCGUUCUUGCUUUAGGCAACAAGGCAUUUAUUUAAUUAUAGCUAAAUCUCAGAUCUCCUGA